UCCCUGGGAGCUCGCUGUGACUUUAAGAGCUGUUGUUGCCUCGUGUUGUGAGGUGAGAAAUUCCCUCCUGGAGGAGGAAAUCGACACUGAUACUUGGAACUUGCUGGUAUUGCUGCCUUUCCUGGCACAGAGCGCAAAACAGGCUGCGGCGGAGCGAAAUCCCACAAGAGCUUUCUGACGCGAGUUCUGCAGAAGGAAAGUACCGCUGGGGAAAGUGACAAAGUCCUGGUAACAAGAAGAAUUUUUCUGGAUUGUAUCAUCUAUAAAAGCCAAUUCUUAGGCUUCUAUUUUAUUCUUUGCUCUUUGCUUCAUUUGUUUUUCUCUCUGCCUUAUUGUGUGCUCCAUCACAGCAGUCCUGCUGCUGGAAGAAGACCCAAAGAAAGAUGCACUAAACUCUUUUACAGCAACAAAGAAAAGCUUGGAUACUGUCUCAGCGCCUGCCAUAGCUCACAGUGCUGGAGAGGAGGAGAACUAGAGUGAAUUUGCUGUAGUUCUCAGUUCCACCCGUGUUUUCUGCUCACCCAGUGGUUGGUGUCCCCUGUUCCUGGAUUGUGCUUGAUGGGGAUCUCUGCUACGGGAGCAGUCUCUGCACUCAAAGGCAGGCUAGCAGGGAUAGGCGAGGUGGCCUCUAGAUGCUGGAAAGGCCAUUUGUAUAAGCUCCUGGCAGAAGGUCUCUUCUGGCACAGCUGCUGGCUGUAGGCCCACCAAGCCAAGGGUCAGGAUAGCCUCUCUGCAGCAUGUCUUCCAAGCCAGAGCAGAAAGAGGCCCACCAGGCUAAUGGGGCUGUGCUGCCCAUUGUGCCUGUGGACUGCCAUGUUGGUCCAGACCGGACACAGCUGGUGGAGCCCUUGGAGUUCCUGGGAUCUGAUGGUGAUGGGGUCGAAGUGGUGGUGCUGGAGUCCCGUGCAAAUGCCAAAGGGGUGCGAGAAGAAGAUGCCCUCUUGGAAAACGGCAGCCAGAGCAAUGAAAGCGAUGACACCAGCACAGACCGAGGUCCUGAGCCUGCCUCGCCACUCAAAGAGACUUCCUUUUCCAUUGGGCUCCAGGUCCUCUUCCCUUUCCUUCUGGCAGGCUUUGGGACAGUUGCUGCUGGAAUGGUGCUGGACAUCGUGCAGCAUUGGGAUGUCUUCAAAUAUGUGACUGAGGUAUUUAUCCUGGUACCUGCGCUACUGGGCCUGAAGGGGAACCUAGAGAUGACUCUGGCAUCUCGCCUGUCUACAGCUGCUAAUAUUGGCCAAAUGGACACACCCAAAGAGCUCUGGAGGAUGAUAACAGGGAACAUGGCUCUGAUACAGGUUCAGGCUACUGUGGUUGGCUUCCUGGCCUCAAUCGCAGCAGUAAUAUUCGGAUGGAUCCCGGAUGGCCACUUCAGCAUUGACCAUGCUGUCUUGCUUUGUGCCAGCAGUGUGGCUACUGCUUUCAUUGCUUCCCUUGUUCUGGGCAUGAUCAUGAUUGGGGUCAUCAUUGGAUCCAGGAAGAUGGGGAUCAAUCCUGAUAAUGUAGCCACACCGAUUGCUGCCAGCCUGGGGGACCUCAUCACCCUGGCUCUGCUUUCAGGAAUCAGCUGGGCCUUAUACAAAGAGCUGGAGAGCAAAGCAUAUGUGAAUCCUUUAGUGUGCGCCUUCUUCAUAGCUCUGCUGCCCAUCUGGAUCAUCAUUGCCAAGAAGAAUGCAGCGACUCGGGAGGUGCUGUACUCUGGCUGGGAGCCGGUCAUUAUUGCAAUGGCUAUCAGCAGUGUUGGUGGGUUAAUUUUGGACAGAACGGUUUCAGAUCCAAACUUUGCUGGGAUAGCUGUUUUCACGCCAGUUAUUAAUGGUGUGGGUGGCAACCUGGUAGCAGUGCAGGCUAGUCGCAUCUCCACUUACCUGCACAUGAAUGGGAUGCCCGGAGAGAGCUCUGAAACGGCCCCUCGCAAGUGCCCCAGCCCUUGCAGCACUUUCUUCAGCUCAGAUGUGAAUUCCCGCUCUGCCCGUGUGCUCUUUCUUCUGGUGGUACCUGGACACUUGGUUUUUCUUUACACCAUAAGCUCCAUGCGAGGUGGACACACUACACUCACCCUGAUUUUCAUACUCUUCUACAUGACAGCUGCCCUUCUCCAGGUUCUCAUCCUUCUGUACAUUGCUGACUGGAUGGUGCACUGGAUGUGGGGCAGGGACCUCGAUCCUGACAACUUCUCCAUCCCAUACUUGACAGCACUGGGGGACCUGAUUGGAACAGGUCUCCUUGCUCUCAGCUUCCACAUCCUCUGGCUCAUUGGUGAUCGGGACUCUGAUGUGGGAGACUAGCUCUCCUCACUGCCCUUCUUCUGACAGCUCUCCUUCCUCAAUGUGUUGUGGUUUUUUUUUUUUUGGUUUAUUUCUUUUCCUCCACUCUUGCUCUCCUUUGCUUCUUCUCCCUGUCUCUCUUGAGACUUCACCUUUGAUACUGGAUUCUCAUUAUUUUCAAUGGGAAUUUUAUGUGGUUUAUAUUUCAAGCCAAGUUUGUACAGAAUAUAAAUCUAGUUUUAGGAAGGACAAAAAAAGUGUAAAGAGACAAUCACCAAGUGCAAUUUCAUAGCAGUUGUAUCUGAACCAAGGCUACAGUGAGGAUACUGAUCAGUCAGAUCAUACAGGGAGCCCACCCUGUCCCAGUCACUAGAGGUGAAGGGCUGCUCUUUUCGCUUCAUAAGCGUUUUAAAUAUUGGAGGUAAGGUUCAGAUUUAUUUUACUGAACAGGCACCUUCUAGCAAAGUACAACCUCGUGGAUGAGGGCAUGGGAUAUCUCCUGUCUUCUCUACCCUGUCACCCUCCUCCCUUGUGUUCACUCUGAAUCCCCUUCCUGCGCGUAGCAUCCAAAGCACAUGACCCUCCAAUAGAAGGACUAGCGAAGAUACGUGAAGGGUGGUGAAACACCCAUUUCCUAUGUGCCCACAAGAAAGCCAAGUGAUAUCUCGGGCUUGCGGAGUGCAGAGCCCUGAAAUCUGGCUAUGAGUGGGCUGGUCUUUGCUGACAGAUUUAGGCUGGAGAACAGAAGCUCUCUCAAAUAUAGCUCCAUUUUGCCAACCAUCCUGCAGCAUCUGCAUCUCAGAAAUUACAAACGCCUUGUUCUGCCUCUCCCCAUCUUUCAUCUGCAGAUGGAGAGUGGUGAUCAUGGACUGAGUUCAGCUACCGCUGUGUGCAAAAGGAUAUGCUCUGCGCUUUGUCCAAAGAGGCUGCGAGCUAGCCCUAUCCAUCACUCUCCCCCUGCUGCCUGCCAGUGCUCAGCUGAAGGAAGCAGAGAUCUGCUGGAGCUGUGAUGGGUUUUGUAUGCAGGGCUGGUACGCGCACAUGUCUGCUUUGUGCUGGUAUAGGCACGGCACUGUUUUCACGGCAGCCUGUUCAGGAUGGGUGGAAAAAUAGAUCCUAUUUUUUGUGUUACGACUUACUUUCACAGUUGGUGAGUGCUGCUGAAGGGCCCAUUGCAGCUGGGAAGAGGCCAUUCAGUAUCUCUCACAGCUGAGCCUGAGGCACUUCAAAGCUGGGAAUGUUAUGCUGUUGGUGCCCCUUAGAAAAGGACGCCCAUGUUCAGCCAUUGGCUUUCUCCGGUGUGUGUAAGUGCUAGCUGGGAAACAGGUUAGCAGCUGCAGCCUGAUUUCUGAAGUCCGAGUCCUGAAGUUCAGUGCAGCUCUUUGUACUGGACUGCAGCAAAGGAAGGAGCUUGCCCUUGAGAAGGUUUGUGAAAUCUGGGGUCAGGGUUACAGCCUGGCUUGCAAGCAGUGGCUGAGUACUGUGCAAGUGCAGGGCUCUCUGCUCUGUUACUCUCCCCUCUGCUUUUUGUGCUCUUCAUCUAAGUAAUGCUGAGAUGCAUUCUCUUAUCCUGCUAGUACGUAUUGGAAGUCUGCAGCGGCAUAAUGAGAGAAAACCUGUUCUGGCUGUGCGACUAAGGCAUUUGUAAAUGGUCUUGCUGAAUGUUGUUGGCACUUAACACUCUUUAGUUUUUCCAUUUGGAUCUAAAUUGAUUCAGUAAACUGGAUGCAGUUUGGUGUAAGCAGGUCUGAUUGACUUGGAAACUUCACCCUAUUACACCAUGUUCAAAUGAUAUGCUCAGGCAGCCAGCCUCAUUCAACGGGCUUUAAUGUAUGAAUAUAAAUUGAAUGCAUGAUUUGAAGUGUGUGGGGGGAAGCUCUUAACAUCUGUGAAAGAUGGAAAAACACAGUAUAUUGCGUGGAGCCUGAUUUCAGUGCUCCAGUACACAAAGCUCGGGGAGCUGCUGGUAUCCUCCAGAACUCUGGGGAUGCCUGCAGUAUUCAGCACGGUAGCCCCUUACAUCCUGACCCUGAAAUAACAGCCAAGCUCUCGUCGUACUUAGCUGCGCAGGCUCGGAGUGCUUCAGUUCUGGUCCUGUUCUGGACACACUGCCUGUCCUGUUUAUUUGCAGCUCCACAGUAUAACCCUAAAGCUGCUGAAUUUGUGGUUGCCUGUAGGCUGCUGCUUUUCCUCUCUGUUUUUUUUUUUUCUUUGUCUAAGUGUGUUCCUCAUAG